CAUGUGCUGUUCGCGUACUCGCUAACUACGUGGUUGCCGGAGCUUCUCGAGGUCGGGUUCGCCGGAAUCGAAGACGCCGGCGGUGCUCGGCUCGGUCUUCGUCGGGGUGGUCGCUCCCGGGCUUUCCAAGCUCGAUGGAGGCAUAUAGGAGGUGCGAAUCGGCUCUAUGAUUUUCCUAUGGUGGUUGGCUUGCAGCGGCGUUGCUUCCUCCGUCGGCAAUUGCUCGCCGGAGUGGCGCCAACAGCCGAGAUCGAUGCCGUGGGACUGAUGAGAAGUGCCAGGCAAUUCACUUAUCCACAUUAAUCGAUAUCCACUAUGUUGACAUGGACACGCUGGUGGAACAGGCCACUUCAAAGUGCUGAUGCAUGAGUUCCGAUACGUCUCCACGGCUUUCCUGGAACUGGAUCAGGGAUAUCAAAAGCCAAUUGAAGAAAUCACUAGGCUAAUGGGAGCAGGAAUGGCAAAAUUUAUAUGCCAGGAGGUUGAAACUAUUGAUGACUAUGAUGAGUAUUGCCACUAUGUAUCAGGGCUAGUAGGCUAUGGACUUUCUAGGCUCUUUCAUGCUGCUGGGACAGAAGAUCUGGCUUCAGACCAGCUUUCAAAUUCAAUGGGUUUGUUCCUGCAGAAAAACAGUAUAAUAAGGGAUUAUUUGGAGGACAUAAAUGAGAUACCAAAGUGCCGUAUGUUCUGGCCUCGAGAAAUAUGGAGUAAAUAUGUUGAUAAGCUUGAGGGCCUCAAGUAUGAUGAAAAUUCAGAAAAAGCAGUGCAAUGCUUGAAUGAUAUGGUGACUAAUGCUUUGAUCCACGCUGAAGAUUGCCUUCAAUACAUGUCAUCGUUGAAAGAUAAUACCAAUUUUCGCCUUUGUGCAAUACCUCAGGUAACGGCAAUUGGGACAUUUGCUAUUUUCUACAAUAAUGUGAAUAUCUUUAGAGGAGCUGUUAAGAUGAGGCGUGGGCUGAUUGCACGAAUAAUUGAUGAGACAAGAUCAAUGACAGAUGUAUAUUCUGCUUUCUAUGAGUUCUCUUCAUUGCUAGAAUCGAAGAUUAAUGAUAACGACCCAACUGCUGCGCUGACACGGAAGCGUGUCGAUGCAAUAAAGAAAACCUGCAAGUCAUCCGGCUUGCUAAAGAGAAGGGGAUAUGACCUGGAAAAGUCGAAGUAUAGUUCUAUGCUGAUCAUGCUUGCACUUCUUCUGGUGGCUAUUAUCUUUGGUGUACUAACGCCAAGUGAUUUGGUCAACAUGGUCCUUGUAUAUUCUAAGUGACAUGACCUAUCCUUGUAAGGC